AUUAUGAAUUAUUUGGUAGUAGUGCUAUUAGCCCUAGUCCCCUCUUGGGUGGCAAGUGCCUCCUCGGAACGUCCGGAGAAUAUCAUCACCAAUGGAAAUCCCGCCUACGAUGGGCAAGCCCCCUAUGUGGUGGGAAUGGCCUUCCAGACGAGCAACAUCUGGUGCAGCGGCACCAUCAUUGCCGACACCUGGAUCCUUACGUCCGCCGGCUGCCUAUCGGGAAGCACUGGAGUGACCAUAUUCUUUGGAGCCACCAGGCUGAGCCAGGCCCAGUUCACCGUGACUGUGGGCACCGCAGCGUAUGUGACUGGCAACAAGCAUCUAGCCCUGGUGAAGGUUCCCCGGGUAGGAUUCAGCAAUCGGGUGAAUCGAGUCACCUUGCCGGCCAUGCGGGAUCGGUCGCAGCGCUACGAAAACUGGUGGGCCAGUAUCUGCGGCUGGGGGGUGACCAGCCUCAGAAACUCCCAGCCGGACUGGCUGCAGUGCGUCGACCAACAGAUCAUGCCUAACUCCGAGUGCGCCGCCUUCUUCGGUUCGUCCACUGUCACCGACCAGGUCCUGUGCACCCGCACUCCCAACGGACGCUCCCCCUGUUUCGGAGACGCUGGCAGUCCUUUGGUUACUCAACAGGGCUCCCUUGUGGUGGGCAUAUCCGAGUUUAUCGCCGCCAACGGUUGCACAUUGGGCAUACCGGCAGGAUACGCCAGGAUCACUAGCCAACUGGAAUGGAUUCGCAGGUAUACCGGAAUCGCCAAUUAAAAGAUAUUCUAUUGGUUUCCCAACCGAAGCUUAAUAAAUGCAUUGUAUUAAAAAAAAAAAAAGAGUCCUUUAAGGGGUAACAAAAAAUU